GUUUGUGUGAUUUUGCUAAAAUGCAUCACCAACAGCGAAUGGCUGCCUUAGGGACGGACAAAGAACUGAGUGAUUUACUGGAUUUCAGUGCGAUGUUUUCACCUCCUGUGAGCAGCGGGAAAAAUGGACCAACUUCCUUGGCAAGUGGACAUUUUACUGGCUCAAGUGUAGAAGACAGACCUAGCUCAGGGUCCUGGGGGAACGCAGGACAUCCGAGCCCAUCCCGGAACUAUGGAGAUGGGACUCACUACGACCACGUGGCGGGCAGAGACCUCGGCUCACACGACAAUCUCUCUCCUCCCUUUGUCAAUUCCAGAAUACAAAGUAAAUCAGAACGAGGCUCGUACUCGUCCUACGGGCGGGAUUCCAACCUCCAGGGCUGCCACCAGCAGAGCCUGCUGGGAGGGGACAUGGAGCUGGCCACGCCCGGGGCGCUGUCCCCCAGCAAGCCGGGCUCCCAGUUCUACCAGUACGGGGGCAGCGCGCGCCGGAGACCCCUGCACGGCUCCUCCAUGGAAGUUCAGACAAAAAAAGUCCGGAAGGUUCCGCCGGGUUUGCCGUCCUCCGUGUACGCUCCGUCCGCCAGCCCGGCCGAGUUCAGCCGCGACUCGGCCGACCUUCCAAAUUCCUACAAUUUUCCCAAAAAUUCCACUUUUCCCAGCUCCUUCUUCAUGCAGGAUGGGCACCACAGCAGCGAGCCCUGGAGCUCCUCCAGCGGCGUGAGCCCGGCCGGCUUCUCGGGGAUGCUGGGCAACGCCUCGCACGCCCACCUGGGCCAGGCCGGCAGCUACUGCAGCCUGCACCCCCACGAGCGCCUGGGCUACCCGGCGCACUCGUCGGCCGAGCUGAGCUCGGCGCUGCCCCCGAUGUCGUCGUUCCACCGCGGCUCCAACGCCUUCGGCUCCUCCUGCACGCCGCCGGCCAACGGCGCCGAGCCCCUGCUGGCCCGAGGCGCGGCCGGGGGCAGCUCGCAGACCGGGGACGCUCUGGGAAAGGCUCUGGCGUCCAUUUAUUCUCCAGAUCACACCAACAGCAGCUUCCCCUCCAACCCCUCCACUCCCGUCGGCUCUCCCCCUUCUCUCGCAGGGACAGCUGCUUGGGCUCGGAAUGGAGGUCAGGCGUCUUCAUCUCCCAAUUACGAGGGGCCCUUGCACUCCUUGGUAGGUGUUAAUGAGUUAAUUAGCGCCCUCGUUAGCGGCUCGGCGAUCGCCGCGUUAAUUACUCGUCAAUUACGCCGUUAAUUAUUUUGUCUUUUG